UUCUUAACGAAGAAUCGCCUUCUACUAUACGCCCAUAGAAAUGCAUAUAUACGGUACACGUUUCGUGCUCCUCCCUUACUAAACACUAGAGAAGUUUCGUCCAUGAAGAUAUCGAGGAUAAUAGUUUCACUUCGAAACGUAGUAGUUUAGUAGUAGUAGUAGCAUUUGGAAACUUAGCGGUCUAACUUACAUUUUAAGAUACAAUCGUCGAAAAGCAUGAUUUAAUUGUUAAGUACACUCUUUAUCAAGUUCUGGGUUACGACACCAUACGACACGCCUUUUUAAUAAAGACGACGCUUUUCCCUUCUUUUCCUUCCUUAUACAUUGUUAACUGUUUCUCCUCCUACAAUAUUCCCUAACAUCUUAUAUAUUUUACCUUUCUUCGCUGUAUGUUAUUAUCUCCUUUUAGUGUCCGAGAUUAGUAUUCUGAUCGUAGGAAUUAGUAAACGUUCUUAAUUGCCGGAAUACAUAGACGGCCGAGGAACAUAAUUAUUGUACGUUCUUCAAUACGAUUUUCCAAUUAAAAUGUUAUUCGAUCUUUAUGCAUCUCUGGUUUAUAUUUACUACAGCCGAGAUUUUAACGUGCGUACAACUGGCCAGAAUAUUUAUACAAUUCCUGCCACUUAUGCUUCGACUACUCCUAAAAACGAAUAGAGUGGUACACUCUUGUUUCGUUUCUUUUUUUUUUUUUUUGUCGUAUCUACCUUCUAUAUACCUAGGCUCUUACACGUAAUCUAAACCUAUAGCAUAAGUUACAUUAUGCGUAAUUCGAUGGAAAUGCAAUGUCUUAAUAGACUUUUCUUCUUUAUCGUCCCUAACACGUUGUAAACGAUAUAAGUUCUAGAUUCCCCUUAAUAGGCGAGAUCUCUGCUUCACCGAAGAAACACAACCGCGUCUUUGAUGUCAUAAAACAAAAAUUCGUCACACAAUUCUUUGCCAAUUCUAAAUAGAAAUUAUUUUGAUACUCUCAUUUCGUGGACGGUUCACGUAAACUCUGUUACGCUCUAUUCCUAAAUGUUUGCCAAUUUGAUGUCGCGAAUAUUAAUUUCUUAAUGUUAUAUGCGCGGUGCGAUUCUUCACAGAGUAAUCUCCCUUUUUCUAUUUUUAUAGAUGUUCGAUUCUCAAAUUUCCGAUUAGAAAUGUCAAAUUAUUUUGACUGUUGAUCGAAUGUAAGUCCCCGUUUAGAAUAUGUUAAACAUAUGUUUCGGUUAAAUUCGUUUUGAUUAGAUUUGAGUUAGCUAACGCGAGUAUUGGAUUGUGUCAUGUGCACGUUCUUUAAUUACGGCGAGAGACAAUAGUGUUCGGCUUACGCUCUGGCAGCUAUUCGUUUUUCGAUGGAAAAGUUACGAAUUAUCGAUUAUCCGUGCGACAAAGAUUCGGAACGAAUCGCUACGGCUCCUACACUUAUUAGCCUUCUAAAAAUCACUUGCUGUGCGUUCGAGUAAGACCCUAAUUAAUGUAUUCGUCGAUGAAUAUGCGCUCGAGGAAACGCGUAAACAAUAAUGGAACGACAUUGUUGUAAUUUGCUGUGUUAAAAAUCGAGACAUUUAUUCUACGCUAAUCUGCGGUAAUAGCAACAGCUCUCAUGAUGCUUAGUGAUUUGUUCACUUUACAAAAAGAUUCCUAAAUUGGUCAUCCUCGCGUUAAUACUAGAAGACUCGCAAUAAAAGAGAAUCUGUUCCUUUCGUUUGAAUUGUAUCGUGAUUUGGUGAUUUUCGUUCUGGUGUCAGGACUGUUAUUAAUUACAGCCGUUGCCCGAGAUGAAUCUACUUAGAUCGUGUUCCUUAUUAUAACACAAUAACGAUAGGCGAUUGUGCGAUUUGACACACGUUUACGUGCUUUCUUUCUUUUAAGCUCAAAGGAAUCUGCCUGGCAUGUUCUUAAUUAAAAACAGCUUACAGCCUAACUCUUAAUCCGUCAAACUUCUGUCUCACGUUAUAAACGUUUAAUUGUCCUGUAAUAUUAUAUUUAACCACGUGUCAAAACGGAGUAUCCUCCUUUCUUGUUAUUUUCUCCUGUAUAUAUCAUCAUUGCGCGAUCUAUACUACGUCCUAAAAUCGAAAAGCAAGAACUGACCGAUAUUACUGAUUUUCUUCAUUGUUCAUUACCGUUUCAGAUGUCGGUGGUGCCAUUGAUAUUCCGUGACUGGUGGGACGAUUUAGAUCGACCCAUGUCCAGAUUGAUGGACCAACACUUUGGCAGAGGAUUAAAUCGAGACGAACUCCUAUCACGGUUCUCCGAUCUCAACCUCGACAGGCCUCUACGUUCGAUCUUUCGCGAUAGAUACUACCGUCCCUGGAGGAACGUGACGCCUCAGCCCUCGAGUGGAUCGAGCACGAUCCAGAUCGACGACAAGGACAACUUCCAGGUAAUAUUGGACGUUCAACAAUUCUCACCGGAGGAGAUCACGGUGAAGACGGUCGGUAACAACGUUAUUGUCGAAGCCAAACACGAGGAGAGACAAGACGAGCACGGAUUUAUCAGCAGACACUUCGUACGGAGAUACGUCUUGCCUCCAUCUCACGAUGUGAUCAAUAUUACCUCGAGCCUUUCUUCGGAUGGUGUUUUAACUAUCACGGCACCCAAAAAGGGAGAGACACCUAGCGGAACUGAACGAAUCAUUGAAAUCACGAAAACAGGAGAACCGGCGAGUAAACCGGUCAAAAUAGAAACAACUACGGAAGAAAAAUAAUAAUCACGACCGAAGUAUUUUGACAUAAUCUUUUUUUUACAUUUACGUUUUAUAUAGAGUUCUUAUAAAAUAAUUCGGUAGAAUUUUAUAUGAUAUUAUAAAUCGGAAAAAAUUAUAUAAAAACACACAUAUAUACAUAA